GUAAAGAAUUCAUAUUAUUAGUUAGUAUGAAAAACUUAAGUUUGCAUAACAUAGAUGACGCUGUUUCUCUUUUAACAAUAGAUUGUCCGUUCUUAUAAUUUCUUCUUACAUGUACAUGGCGUGAAUGAAGAUUCAUCAUGCAGAUAUUUGUGAAGACUCUAACUGGCAAGACUAUUACUCUUGAAGUUGAAGCAUCAGAUACCAUUGAAAAUGUUAAAGCAAAAAUUCAAGAUAAAGAAGGAAUUCCACCUGGUCAACAAAGAUUAAUCUUUGCUGGAAAACAAUUGGAAGAUGGUAGGACACUUUCAGAUUAUAAUAUUCAGAAGGAAUCUACAUUACAUUUGGUGCUACGUUUAAGGGGUGGUGCAAAAAAACGCAAGAAGAAGAAUUAUUCAACUCCAAAAAAAAUCAAACAUAAGAAGAAGAAGGUUAAACUUGCAGUUCUCAAAUUUUAUAAGGUAGAUGAAAAUGGAAAAAUUCAUCGAUUAAGAAGGGAAUGUCCCAUGGAACAAUGUGGUGCUGGAGUUUUUAUGGCUGCAAUGGAAGAUCGUCAUUAUUGUGGCAAAUGCGGUUAUACUCUUGUAUUUAACAAACCGGAAGAUAAGUAAAUUAAAAACAUGUAAUUUUACUUAAUUAAAGAAAUUUCAUAAACACGAA